AUGGAAAUAGACACCAACACAGAGAAUUUUGGUAAUUACAUCGUCGCUGAAAAAAGGUAACUUUUGUUGUAAUCGAAACUGAAAUUAAUAACGGGAAUUUAGGCUUGUGAAAUUGAAAGAUGGCUUUUCGAAAAACGAAAAAGAAAAGAACGAUUUGAUAAAAAAAAUAGCAGAGAGAUGCGUUCCGAAAAAGUAUGCCGAAGUACUGAAACGAGGUAAUUUGAGUUUUAGAAUAAAUUUCUACUGUAAUUUUUUUCUCAGAAGGAACACAGGACAGUUCACAGACGGAAGAUUUCUCAAAGUCAAAGCGGAUAUGUUUGGAAACUCGGUAUGCGGCGGAGAUUAACGUGUCAGAGCCCCAGCCCACGCCGUCCCUCAACGAAGCAAUUCGAAUACUUGCGAAUGAUUCGGAAUUGGUGAACAUCGGCAGCCAAUUGACACAAGACGGUGAGUUUUGCUUCCAUUCAAGUACAAUUUAAUUGAUUAAUUCACAAUUCAGGUGCCAAUCUCAUUGGCGGAUGUACACGGUUAAUACUCCGCACGAUAAUCCAGAGCGCAAAAAAGACGGCAAAUAGAGAGAAUAGGAAGCGGUUAACGCCUUCAGAUGUAGAUAUUGCCACUGCUAUCGUCAAAGUAGACUACGAUUUGACGUGCCCACUCCUCAGGCCGACACCUUCCACUGAUCGAAUGUUCUGGGGAAGGAAAAUGACAAAACCCAAGAAGACCAUCGGUAAAUUUUUGAGAAAAAAAGAACACAUCGGAAAGCUUGUUCCAGAUGCAAAUUCAAAAGAAAUUGUGUCCCAUGAACGCUUCCACGAGGGCAUUACAUUGCGCGAUCACUGGCUGGUGGUGGAGGGAGUGCAGCCAUGUGUGCCCGAGAAUACGAUCCCCGCCGAAGUGCGACGGAAGUUUCAAGAGCAACAACACGAGCAUCAACGACUGUACGGAUUCGGACAACCCGGGAUGAAGAGGGACACACUGCCGGAAAAACGACUAUCAACGCAAACAUUCUCAAUUGUAAGUUCAUGCGCAAAAUGGGUGGAAUCGUAUAGACAGAGUUGCAGGAACAUCAAGUGUUGUAUUCGGAAAUGACAAAGAAGUUGGCAUGUGGAAGUGCUUUGGAGAGACAAAAAGUGCUGGAAUGCAUCGAAACAGACCCUGGCCUGCAGUUCCUCGUCGGACGGUUCGUGAUUCUGAUCGCUGAAGGUGUCCGGCUACACAUUGGAACCCGCAAUAUCCGAGGACUGGCCAAUCUACUAAAGCUGACUUGGAGCCUCAUGAAGAACAGAAAUAUCCGGCUCGAUAAAUACGUAAGACAGUUCAUAAUUAUCUAAUUUUCAUUCGAAAUCCUUUCCAGUUGUACGUGCUCAUCCCUUCUCUGAUCUCGUGCGUAGUUAGCAAAAACAUGGUUCCGUUGGUCGACACAUCGAAACUUUCCACGUUGGCAGCAAAAGCAACCGUACAAGCGAGUCAAUCGGAAAUCCAGAAUGAAGACAAAGAAAGGAUCAUCCGGGACUUGGAAACGGAGUUCCGAUUACGAGAGACCGCUGGAAGAUUACUUGUCGAGUUGUCAGAGUGAGUGUUUGGAGUUGUGAGCUAAAUUAUAACCAGUUUCUUUUUCAGACAAUACCAGUCACAAAAUGUAAACGUGCGAAUAAUCCAAACUCUUCGAAAAGUUCUGAGCGGAAUUCACGACCCAGUGGCCAUUUACGGAGUUCUCUGCACUUUCUUCGCCUACGGAAUUCUUGUGAGUUGCCCGGGAAGCGUUCUCGAACUGACAUCUUCUUCUUGCAGACAGUUCAAACCGUUGUCCUGCCCAAAUUGCACGACAUUUUCUGUUCCCUGCAGAACUCUCGCGUCGAAAUGUUUCCGGCCAAAACGACGAUGACGAAGAUGAGGAAAAUCAUUGUGGAGACGAAUGCGAUGCGAAUGGAAGUCGUUCAGAAUCGGACUAUCGAACUGAUUAUGGUAAGCUUUCAUCAGAAACAUACUGAUAUUAAUUGUGUCCUUGCAGAAAAUCAUCUACGAGAACGAGAUCUACAACGAGCGAAAAGUGGUUGACAGAGAUGAAUACAUGACUUCGUAUUCAGAAUUUGGAGCUCUUUUUUAUGAGUAAGAACGUUUGUUUUGUAUUGUUUCAUUGUUUCCGUUUUUCAGUUAUGCUCUGAUUUCGAGAAUGGUGCACGAGAACACCGGACACCUGAAAGUGACGAGACCUUCGCUCCUUCAGAAUCGAAAAGAGUUCUUCAGUGAGUUGGAGAAAAUGAAGAAGCCGAAGAAAACUACCACUGCUCCAUCCUAUCACAACAACAGUCAAUUGAUGAACGACGAAUCGAUGCUCGACAACAUUCUCGACGAUUCGGAUCGUCCGUGGACGAAAGCGGCUUCGCAAGUCGAAGAAUCAGAUCCCUCCCCUCUGAAAUACGAUAAAGCGACGUUCUUCCGGAAGCCGAAGUUAUUUUUGGUGCAGAAGAUGAAACAUCCGGAGAAAGGCUGGUCAGCCUCGCACAUCCGACCGAUUGAAUACGGAUUCAUGCCGACAAUGCCUUCUGCGAGAAUCAGCCGGCGGACGGUCGAUAUCAGAGAGACGAUGGUCAGGGAAAGUGCGAUCGGACAGUCCUUUUACGCGUCGAGGGCUUCUGAGCUGCUCAAAACUAAAGAAGAAGCCGUCGAACUUUUUAAAAAAUUUGUGAAACGGCCGGAUGAUCGAUCGGGAGCAAUCAUUUACGGACGGAAUCUGCUGAUGUCGCGCAAAGGAAAAGAUUCGCUUUCGAAUGAAAUCGCCAAAGCGGCACUACAACUUUCGAAUGUUCGUCUCAAAGACGCAGUUGUUUACGACGCCUCGGUGAUCCACAAAGACGAAAUGAGCCGUGGAAAGUUCCUGGCCAGACCGCAGACUCUGAUUGGCUCCUAA